UGACGUCACGGCGCACCUGGCCGCUUCCUGGAAGUGGGGUGCGGUGCGGGUCCUCGGGGGGCCCGGUAUGCAGGCGGCAGAGCGGGACGGGGCGGCCGGCGGCCCUGAGGUGGCAGCGGCGGCAACUGUAGGGGCUGCGACAGCAACGGGGGCUGGUGAGGCUUCGUCGGAGCCGCCGUCGCCUCCCAAGGCCGCCGCCGCCUUCGAUCUGCUGGACCUGGUGCGGAGCUACCGGCGGCUGGAGCUGUACCUGGAGCCGCUGCGGGAUGCGGCUGACGGUGUGCGCUCCCUCCUCCGGUGGCAGCGGCCCUUGUGCUCUCUGCUCGUCUGCCUCGGCCUCAACUUCCUCCUUCUCACCCUCGACCAAGCCGCCUGGUACUCAGUGCUGGCCCUGCUCGUCCUGCUGCCGGCCCUGCUGGGCUACCUGCAGGAGACGUGCCGCGUCCGGCCCUCGGAGCGGGAGCUGCUGUGCAGGAAGUACCACAGCGUGCGCCGUGAGGACCUGCGCAAAGUACAGCUCUCGCGCCAGGAGGCUCUCGCCCAGGUCAAGUGCUUCCUGAUCCAGCUGGAGGGGUUCCUGAGCGGGCUGUGUUACAGCUGUGAGGCGGUGUACCGAGUGCUGUACUGGGAGAACCCUACUGUCUCUUCCCAAUUUUACGGAGUGCUGCUGGGCUCUGUCUGCAUCCUUUACCUGCUGCCUCUCUGCUGGGUCAUGGCCAUCCUCAACAGCACUCUCUUCCUGGGCAACAGCCAGUUCUACAAAGUGAUAAAGGAGCUCAAGGCCUCGGUUGAGCAGAGUUUGGGCACCAAACCCCUCGAGAGCGCUCCAGAGCCUGUCAAGCCCCUACCAACUGAUGCCCCACCAGACCGGACCCCCACACCCACCAGCACAGAGGAUCUUACCCCUGGCAGUGUGGAGGAGGCAGAGGAGGCAGAGCCUGAUGAAGAGUUCAAGGAUGCUAUUGAGGAGAACCAGCUGCUGGUCAUGGAGGAUGAUGAGGGUUCUCAGUGUUCAGCAGACUUUGACCUCAGCCUCCCAGACAACGGUUUUAUGAGCAAAAACGAUGUGAUCCGCAGCAAGGUGUCACGUCUGACUGAGCGCCUGCGCAAGCGCUACCCCAGCAACAAUUUCGGGAGCUGUACAGGCUGUGGAGCCACCUUUUCUGUGCUGAAGAAGAGGCGGAGCUGCAGUAACUGUGGGAACAGCUUCUGCUCCAGGUGUUGCUCCUUCAAAGUUCCCAAAGCUGUGAUGGGAGCCACGGCCCCGGAAGCUCAGAGAGAGACUGUGUUCGUGUGUGCUCAGUGCAACCAGAUGCUCAUCAAGUGACCGAAACAGCAUACAGGGGCUGUGUUGCCUCAUGCCCAAGGACAAUAGGAGCUCUGCCCUUUCUCAGGGGAUCCUAGGCUGCUUGGUUCCCAGCGUGGUACCACCUUGCCAGAGGACACAAGCACUCGCUGCUCCCCCUGCCAGCACUGACCUGAAGGCAGACCCAGGCUCCUCACCAUGCAGUGGGCAGCACUAGCUGUUUCCUACAGCAGAGCACUGCCCACAGCUGUGCCCCACUGCUGCUGUUGCCCUGGCAGCUGCUUGGGAGGCACUGACUGCACUCUGCCCUGAGCUCACCUAGGGCCUGGCUCUGUGAUGGAGGAGCCAUCCUUCCUGUUUCUGCUCCUACCUCCACCUCCUGGGAGAUGCAGAGCAGCCUCAGGGCCUUCUCCCAACCUCCCUGAUGAGCGCUGUGUGGGGAGACUGUUUUUGGGAUCAAGUCAGAGCUCUUCCCAGGAGAUGUAAUCCUUGGUCUUGGCUCAGCUGAAAUCCUGCUCAUCACUCUGUGAUUCCACUGUGUUCAUGUUUAGUUCCCCCCUUAUCCCCCAUAUUCAGCUGUAGCAUGGGAGGCAGAUGGUUUGGGCUGGGCUGUGUGAUUGGUCUGCAGCUGCAGCAAGAGAAGAGGCAUGAGUUGGUGCUGCUCUGUACUUAGUGACUGCUGCUUUCUACUACAGAUUAAUAUAUAGAGAAUGGCCAAUAAACCUCCUGCCCACA